CAACAGUUCGUAAACUUUCCAAGCUGACGGAAAUCGUGAAAAUAGUGGUGUUUGCAUUGUGGUUUUCGUCAAGAAGAGCUCAAAGCGUACAUUUUUUUGCAAGAUGAAUAGGCUUUUCGGGCGAGGGAAACCAAAAGCACCACCACCGAAUCUCACCGAUGCUAUCGCUAACGUCGACAGUCGAGGAGAAUCCAUAGAGAAAAAAAUUAGUAAACUUGAUGCUGAACUUAUGAAGUACAAAGAUCAAAUGAAGAAAAUGAGGGAUGGACCAUCUAAGAAUAUGAUCAAGCAAAGAGCACUCAGAGUACUGAAACAGAAGAAACAAUAUGAAAGUCAACUUGAGAAUCUCCGGCAGCAGUCUUUUAACAUGGAGCAAACAAAUUUUGCAACACAGACAUUAAAAGAUACCAAAACAACUGUUGAUGCUAUGAAGUUAGGACUUAAGGAAAUGAAGAAGGAAUACAAGAAAGUGGAUAUUGAUGAAAUUGAGGAUCUUCAAGAUGACAUGGCAGACAUGCUUGAGAUUGCUAAUGAAGUUCAAGACACCUUGGGAAGAUCGUAUGGAAUGCCAGAAGACAUUGAUGAGGCUGACCUUGAAGCAGAAUUGGAAGCUCUUGGAGAUGACCUGGCUCUAGAUGAAGACACCUCCUACUUAGAUGAAGUUCCAGCUCCAUCAGAUACCUUACCAGGGGAGGGAGAUCAGGAAGGAACAAAAACACAAGAUGGAGUACAAGUUGAUGAAUUUGGCCUUCCAGUUCUAGCCAAAAAUUAGAUUGAAACACUGAUUAUUAGUAUUUAACUUUAACUGGUAACUCCAUUGCUAUGUGAAUUUGUUGAGUAUCCAUAGUAGCUAAUUUUAAGUUCCAAGAACAUUUACCAUGGAAUUCUUUUCAGUGCUUAGUCUUUCAUAAGCCAAGGUUGUAGCUUUAUACUGGAUGCCAUGAUCUAGGCAUA